AUGGCACCUACGAUGAACCGCGACGUAGCGGAGCCAGAGCAGGACGGCUUUGCCCUGCUUCAAAAUGGGCAUCGAGAUAUGGUCGAGGCGACUGCCUUUAAUAUGUAUGGCGAUCGAUUCGCGUCCGGUUCGGUAGACGGCAAGAUCAAAGUAUACAACCGGCACCGGGAUGGAAGCUGGAAUAUAUGUGAUACUUGGGGAGCUCACACUUCAGAGAUUCUAGAGAUCCAAUGGCUCCCACCAACCAUCCACCCAAACCUCAUUGCUUCAAUCGGCGCAGAUGGCAGAUUCAAACUCUGGGUUGAAGACCCAACUCUCGCUCCAGGCAAAGGCCGACGCUUCAACUCCCGCUCCAAUGCACCUGUAUGGUCGCUUCCCUCUCCCGCACGCGCGCCAUGGCUUUCAUUUUCCAUGAAACACAACCCAGAAACACGACAUACCUACCUCGCACUCAUCAACCGAAAUGCGCUACUUACCAUCUACGAAAACGAGGAGCCAGAAAAUAUGGAGAGUUGGAAUGAAUUAGAUCAGGUGUACGUGUGCGAGAAACCGCCAAGAGGGGAGGAGGUAGCAUUCAAAGUGGUGUUUGAUCCGAAUCUCGAGCCGUGUUAUAAAGCGAUCCAGAGAGGCGUGCAGAGGGAUAGCUUAGGGGUGGUAGUUGCUAGUAUGGGGAAAGCUAGUAUUUGGCGGACGAAGGAGAUUAGUCACGCUGUGAGUCUAGGCUCGGCUAAUACUAAGGAAUUAUAUCUUGCUGCGGAACUGAAGGGGCAUAGGGGAUUGGUCAGAGAUGUGGCUUGGGCUCCAGGGAAUAUUAGAGGGUUUGAUGUUAUAGCCACGGCUUGUAAGGAUGGUUCAGUCAGGGUAUUUCAGGUUACUACUCCUGCGAAAGGGGGUAAGGAAGGCAGAAGUAAGGAUUUUAGUAAGAUUCCGGAGCAGGUAGUCGUGGCAUCGCAGCGUAGCCAUGAAAACGGUAUAAGAAACGCACCAGGUGGCAUCUCAGCAGGACUGGCCAGCUCGAAGCCUGGCGCAAGUCGUCAUCCAGAAGCUCAAGGCAAUCAUGGUGAGGUGAUUCACGCUGCAACUGAGGUGUCAAAGCUGGAGACUAAUAGAUCUCCUGUCUGGCGGGUUGAGUUCGACGCGGACGGGCAAUUGCUAGGCUCAACUGGUGAUGAUGGAAAGCUCGCCUUGUGGAGAAGAGAACCUAGUGGAGUAUGGAGCAAGAGCUCGGAGUUAGCUAUGACUCGAAGUGUUGCUGUUUGA